AACAACAGCGAGGGUCAAAUCUAAACACGAUUUGUUCCGCGACGUAAAGCGUACUAAUGGUAUUAUUGCGCGAUUAGCAAUUAUUUUGUAAUUAUUGCAAGAUUGCUGAGCAUUCUACAAAUUUUUUACACUGAAAAAGCUUAAAUAUCGAAAUGUACAUCUACAAAUUAGCAUAAAACGAAGAUGUAAUAUGGAACUACAUAGUGUGAGGGAAAAGUUACGAGCUGCUCCAUGUCUUCGAAGAAUCAGAAUAAAAAUGAUAUUGUUCUGAGCAAAAAGCUAUCAUAUCUAUUACGUCAUGGUGCUAUAAAGGAAGGCUUAAAUAUUAAACCAAACGGCUUUGUUGCAGUCAAUGAACUAUUGAAUAAAUUGCACCAUUAUACCAUUGACGAUAUCAAGAGAAUAGUAGAGAAUAAUAACAAACAGAGAUUUACUCUUGAUACUAUUAAUGGUGUUUUAGAAAUCAAAGCAAAUCAGGGUCAUUCCAUAUCUAAGAUAAAUGAAUUGACUUUGAAAGUACUUGAUAAUGCUGAAUUUGAUAUAAUUCACGGAACUUAUUUUAAGUAUUGGACAACGAUAAAAGUUGAAGGUUUGUCGUGUAUGAAAAGAAAUCAUAUUCAUUUUGCUAAAGGACUGAAUUUCAUUAACGGCUUGCGUCAAAGCGCAGAACUUUUUAUUUAUAUUAAUUUUGAUAAGGCAAAGAAAGAUGGUUUAAUAUUUUUUGAAUCUGAAAAUGGUGUUAUUCUCUGCACUGGAAAUUUAAAAGGAUUUAUUGAAACAAAAUAUUUUUUAAAAGUGAUUACUAAACACAAUCAAGUAUUACACUUUAAUUGA